GAAAACUUAGGUUAUCGAUAUCGUACGGCAACUUUUUUGCAGAGCGACAACAACAACCGCCCACGCCGCUGCCAAAAUGAAGACUCAGUGGAAGGACAUCCCCGUUGUGCCUACGAGCCAGGAAUUCUUGGACAUUGUUUUGUCCAGGACCCAGAGGCGUCUCCCGACUCAGAUUCGUGCAGGCUUCAAGAUCAGCCGUAUCCGAGCGUUCUACACCCGUAAGGUCAAAUACACUUCCGAGACCUUCACCGAGCGCCUCACGCAAACAAUCGAUGCCUUCCCCCGCCUGCAGGACAUCCACCCGUUCCACCGCGACUUGCUCAACACCCUCUACGAUGCAGACCACUUCCGCAUUGCGCUCGGUCAGCUGUCGACAGCCAAGUCGCUGAUUGAGACCGUUGCCCGUGACUACGUCCGUCUCCUGAAGUAUGGACAGUCUCUGUUCCAGUGCAAGCAGCUGAAGAAGGCCGCGCUGGGUCGCAUGGCAACAAUCUGCAAGAGGCUCAAGGACCCGCUCGUCUACCUUGAGCAGGUCAGGCAACAUUUGGGCCGUCUGCCCUCGAUCGACCCCAACACCCGCACCCUUGUCAUUUCUGGUUUCCCCAACGUUGGCAAGUCCUCGUUCUUGAAGAACAUCUCGCGCGCAGAUGUCGAGGUCCAGCCCUACGCUUUCACCACGAAGAGUCUCUACGUCGGUCAUUUCGACUACAAGAUGCUGCGGUUCCAGGCCGUCGACACACCCGGUAUCCUCGACCACGCCCUCGAGGAGAUGAACACCAUUGAGCAUCAGUCGAUCUGUGCUAUUGCCCAUCUCCGCGCUCACAUUCUCUACUUCAUGGAUCUCAGCGAGCAGUGCGGUUACUCCGUCGCUUCGCAGAUUGCUCUUUUCAACAAUAUCAAGCCCCUCUUCGCCAACAAGCUGAUCACAAUCGUUAUCAACAAGAUCGAUCUUAUGCGCCCAAGCGAGUUGGACCCUGAGACACAGGAGCAGCUCCAGAGCAUGCUGAAGUCUGGUGAGGUCGAGAUGCUCGAGCUUUCUUGCAACACUCAAGAGGGUGUCAUGCAAGUGCGUAACCACGUCUGCGAUCGUCUCAUCGCUGCCCGUAAUGCGGAGAAGCUCAAGGCUGGUACAAACAGCGCUGGCGAGCCUUCUGGUCGUCUCGGCGAGCUGCUUCGCCGCAUCCACGUUGCCCAGCCCCUUGGGGGUAUCACACGGGAGACGUCCAUUCCCGAGGCUGUUCUUAACAAGAAGAAGUAUGAUAAGGAAGACCCAGAAAGGCCGCUCCUCGAGCGCGACUUGGAGGAAAUGGAAGGCGGUGCUGGUGUCUACAACCUCAACAUGCGCAAGAACUACCUGCUGGAGAACGACGAAUGGAAGGAGGACCGUAUUCCCGAGGUUUUCAUGGGCCAGAAUGUCUACGACUUCAUUGACCCCGACAUUGAGGCCAAGCUUGAGGCUCUUGAGGCCGAAGAGGAGAAGCUCGAGGCUGAGGGCUACUACGAGUCCGAGGAGGAUCUUGAGGACGCUGAGGAGGCAGACAUUAGGUACAAGGCAGAGCUCAUCCGCGAGAAGAGGCAACUCAUCCGCAAUGAGGCGAAGAUGCGCAAGAGUCUGAAGAACAGAGCCGUCAUUCCCCGCACAGCCAAGGCCGUCAAGCUGUCAAAGAUGGAGUCUCACCUGGAGAGCCUGGGCCACGACACAUCCAAGAUCGCAGCUCGCGCAGAAGAGGCUCGUGGUCGCAGCAGGUCUCGCGCUGCAGCUGCUGACACUGACUCCAUGGACAUCGACAAGCCUAUGAACGCCAUCGAGAGGGCUAAGAUGCGCGGCCGCAGCCAGAGCACCAACAGGAGAACGGACGGAGUCACAAACGAGGCUUCGGCCACCAAGGCCGAGAAGCUGGCCAAGCUGUCGCAGCAGAAGAUGAACAGGAUGGCCAGGCAGGGUGAGGCCGAUAGGCAUCAGACCGGAUCACUGAUCAAGCAUUUGACCGCUGGAAAGCGUGGUAUUGGAAAGACCGCAAGGCGAUAGACGCCAUCUGUGUUGUCGUAUUUAUCGUCCGUCAUGGCGCGACUGGUAGAAAAAUCAUGGGCCGGCGUUCAGGAUGCUUCAGAUACCUACGCACCGGUCCUUCACGCCGGUGUGGUAAUGCAAGUUUAUGUUCCAAUGAGAUCGAUCUGUAC